AAUAAGAGAAAUAGAGAAAGAAUUGAGAGCGGGAGAGGAGAGGAGUAGAAAGAAGAAAGGAAGAAAGAAAAAGGAGAUGAAUUAUGAAAACCAUUUAUUCAUUUCAUUUUUAUAAUUAAUUAUUGCAAUAAUAUUUUUUUUUUAUGUAAAAUAAUAUCUCAUAGCUUAAUUAGCUGUUAAUUUGAUUGAUUCCAUUAAAAUUCGCCAAGCAAAUUAAAGCAAGAAAAGAGACGAAGAGGGUUUGUUUGAAGCUCAUCUCUUUUCUUUUGAGUCCCAAAAAUGGACGAUGAAGUGGUACAGCGAGUCUUCCAAGAAGGAGGCCGCGAUUACUUCCAGCAGCAACCUUCCACUUCUUCUUCCUCUUCCUCUAUCCUCCAAUCACUCCCUCUUCAUGUGUCUUUUGAUUACGGCUAUUAUUUGUUAGUAAAAUCAAUCCAAGAACUCAGAGAGAAAAAAGAGGGUCUUGUCACAGUUGGCAUUGGUGGUCCUAGCGGUUCUGGUAAAACAAGCUUAGCAGAAAAGGUGGCAUCCGUUAUUGGUUGUACUGUCAUAUCAAUGGAGAAUUAUCGCACUGGAGUUGAUGAAGGGAAUGAUUUGGGCUUAUUAGAUUUUAAGACUUUAGUUCAAAAUCUUGAGGAUUUAACAAAAGGUAAAGAUACAAUGAUCCCAGUCUUUGACUAUCAACAAAAGAAGCGGGUUGGCUCAGAAACAAUAAUGAGCGCUUCUUCUGGGGUGGUAAUAGUUGAUGGCACCUAUGCUCUGCAUGCAAAACUGCGGUCUUUGCUGGAUAUUCGAGUUGCAGUGGUUGGUGGUGUUCAUUUUAGUCUCCUGUCCAAAGUUAAAUAUGACAUUGGUGAUUCUUGCUCACUGGAUUACCUUAUUGAUAGCAUUUUCCCUCUAUUUAGAAAGCAUAUUGAGCCAGACCUUCAUCAUGCACAGAUUAGAAUUAAUAACAGCUAUGUCUCAUCAUUUCGAGAGGCAAUCUAUAAACUAAAGUGCAAAAGUGAGUCUCCAGGUGGACAGUCUGCAUAUUUUCUUCAAGAAUAUGAAGUAGAAACAGAUAAUUUUAUUGAGAUGUACCUCAGACCUCCUUCAGCCAGUGAAGAAGCACUGACAAAUGAUUGGAUAAAAGUACGUCAAUCUGGUAUUAGAUAUUAUUUAUCUCUUGGUGAUCAGAGAAUUGUUGACAAGAAUUACAUCAUCAGGCCAAAAGCUGAGUUUGAGCAGGUUGGAAGGAUGACUUUAGGUGGGCUGCUUGCUUUGGGGUACACUGUAGUUGUCAGUUAUAAACGAGCAUCUACAUCAGUGAAUAAUGGCAAUGUAUCAAUUUCACUUGAAACAAUUGAUACUCUUGGUGAGACAUUCAUGGUGCUGAGGGGCACAAAUCGAAAAACAGUUGGAAAUGAAGCAUCAGAAAUGGGCCUCAGUGGACCGUGGCUCACUAAGUCAUACCUUGAAAUGAUUAUGGAGAAAAAAGGUGUACCUCGUCUUAAUACACCUCCACUUUUGCCUAAUACAUCCCUGGCUAGCAAUCAAGACAAAACGAUAAUUGCACCAAGGCCAAUCCGGGUUACUCCGAAUCUUGUUAAUAAGCUUGAGGAUCUAUCUCAACCAUGGACUCGAUCUCCAACAAAAUCAAAAAUGGAACCUGUAGUGGCAACAUGGCAUUUUAUUUCUUCAGAUCCUACAGCAGAUAGCUCAGCCAUAGCAACCACAGAUCCUUCCACUUUCAGGGACACUAUGAAACUUGCUCCAAUGCCCGAUUCUUAUGACCUGGAUAGAGGAUUACUUCUUUCUGUGCAAGCAAUACAGGCUUUGUUGGAGAAUAAAGGUUUCCCAGUUAUAGUUGGAAUUGGUGGUCCAAGUGGGUCGGGAAAGACUAGUUUGGCUCACAAAAUGGCAAAUAUAGUUGGCUGUGAAGUAGUUUCUCUAGAAAGCUAUUAUCGAUCUGAACAAGUAAAGGAUUUCAAGUAUGAUGACUUCAGUUCACUUGAUUUAUCCUUGCUUUUAAAAAAUUUCGAUGACAUAAGGAAUGGCAGAAGAACAAAAGUACCUGUAUUUGACUUGGAGACUGGUGCUCGGAGUGGCUUCAAGGAACUCGAAGUUUCAGAAGAUUGUGGAGUGAUCAUUUUGGAAGGAGUUUAUGCUUUGCAUCCUGAUAUCAGAGAAUCACUAGACUUUUGGAUUGCUGUGGUUGGGGGUGUUCACUCACAUCUUAUUUCUCGAGUCCAAAGAGAUAAAAGUAGAGUGGGGUGUUUUUUGUCCCAGAAUGAGAUUAUGAUGACAGUGUUUCCAAUGUUUCAGCAGCACAUUGAGCCACAUCUUGUUCAUGCACAUCUCAAAAUUCGAAAUGAUUUUGAUCCCGUGCUUUCUCCUGAGAGCUCAUUGUUUGUGCUGAAGAGUAACAAGCAAGUAGCUUAUCAAGAUAUUUUGAAAAUUCUUGAUCCUGCAAAGUUCUGCAGCUCUGUUCAGAAUUUUAUUGAUUUAUAUUUUAAGCUUCCUGGAAUUCCUACUAAUGGACAGUUGACUGAAAGUGAUUGUAUACGUGUUAGAAUAUGUGAGGGAAGAUUUGCACUAUUGAUAAGGGAGCCCAUAAGAGAAGGAAAUUUCAUCAUACAACCCAAAGUGGAUUUUGAUAUAAGCAUCAGCACUGUUGCUGGCCUUCUUAACCUUGGGUAUCAAGCAGUAGCUUAUAUUGAAGCAUCUGCAUUCAUUUACCAAGAUGGAAAGAUUUUAAUUGAGGUUGAUCAUCUGCAAGAUUCCCUUGGUCCUUACCUACAAAUCAAAGGGGUUAAUAAAGAGGCUGUGGCAGCUGCUGGUUCAAUGCUUAAAUUGGAUGGUUCAUAUACCACUAAGAGUUAUCUUGAAAUAGUCCUGGAAAGAUUACCAGCAAUAGAGAGGAGUUCUGCUGGUAUUCACACUCAUCAAGCUGCAAGGUUGCACGAACUUGUGGAAUAUAUUCAUUCGCAGGGAAGUUGUUCAGCUUCCGAAUCUUCACCAAGUCGAGAGAUAUCUCCACUGGAAGGGGUUAUUGAUGACAUGCAAUCAAGGAUUAGAAGGCUUGAACGCUGGCAUACGAUAAAUACGGUACUUUGGACGUUCCUGAUGUCUGCUCUUGUUGGUUAUUCACUUUACCAAAGAAAACGCCAGUAAUUGCUAGUUCUUACAAGAAGAGUAUUUCUUGACUGUAAAUUGAAAUUGCGGUAUCUUUUCUUCUUCUUCUUCAUGAAAGAAUGGCUUCAUGGAGCUGUUUCGCCAGGCUCUAAUCAAUUGAUUUAAUGACAGAGCCUUUUACAAUGAACAUCCUAACAAACACUUUGGUCUAUAGGAUCAGUACAAGCCAUACCUUUUGAUUUCUGCACAUAAAACACUUUGAAACAGAAAUGUUGUACUUGUCCCUUUUUCGGGAAUUCGGAAAUGAAAAUAACUUGUCGAGAAA